GGGGAAUUAAUUUAUGAUGUAAACAAAGAUGCCAUCAUCAAAACGUAUUUUACUUUAUAUAUUUACCAGCCAGGUGCUAUUCUACAGUGCAUAUUAUUGCGUUGGAAGUAUCUUGUUUGCUAUUUACAGUUUGGACGAAUUUGAUGGCACUAUACCAUUCAACUUUAGACAAUGGAUAGAGUUUACAGAUUGCUGUAAUUUUACGAAAACGGAAACAGUUAAUGCCUUAUCAAUGGUGAUCACUUACCCCAUAGCAGGUGCUUUAACUGGUGCAUAUUUACCUGAGCGUGUGUGGGACUAUUCUAUAACUAUUGCUGUUAUUCAUAUAGCAAUGUCUUUUUUAGUUAUGUUAGAUAUUGCUAGCAAUUGGAGCUGGUGGGUUUGUCUGGGUAUCAGUUUGGUUUUAAUGAUCGGAUGUGGAGAAGGAGUUCUUGCGCUCAAACGAUAUCGUAAUAAAUCAAGACUGGUAGUACCGGAGCCAGAAACUGAGCCAAGAUCAUACCUAUACAGAUGACGUCGGUGAUUGGUAGAACAUUACUUGCAGGAUGAUUCCUGGUCAUACAUCUGACUGGUAGUCUCAGAAUCAGGAGCUGAACAAAAAUCAUAUCUCUAUAGAUGUUAUGUCUAUGUCUGAACUGGUUGUCCGGGGGGGGGGGGGGUCAGACAUAUCAUUACAUAUAUUGUGUCCGCGGGUCAGUAGCUGAUCCAGUCAUAUGUAUUUAGAAAGUACAAUGUGCCUUGAGUGUUAGACCCAAAUUUAGUGAUAUCAUGUCUGAUAUUGUUGCAAAAGCCGGAAACGGAACGUAGAUACAAUUGGUUUUCCAAAAGCAGGAAACAGACAAUGUGGUACCACUAUAGAUUGGUCUGGAAUGGUAGUUCAAGACUCAAUAGAUUGAGCCAAAAUUAUUUUUCUGCUAUAUGUAUGGACUACGACUUGUAAUAAAUUGGUAAAGAUGAAAAUAACACUUUAGACAUUCUUAUUUAUAAAUAUUUAAAAAGUAAAUUUUGAGUGGUCAUUUUCAUUGAAAGUAAAUACAGUAAACACCCAGUUGUGCAUAUGGCAAAGUAAUCAAGACAACUUCAAGAUUCAAAAUCAGUGUUUGAGAGACAUGUAUAACUAAAUGUUUUAGGUGUUGCUCCUGUUUUAGGACUUUGUAGGUAUUUGUCUGCGUAAGGUUAGAGAUGUUGGUUGAACCUGUCAUUUAUCUACAGGUAAUUGUAAUUUAUGUCAUGAUGAUAAACAGAUGGCAAAAAAUUAAAUUUAUGA